AUGGCAGGUACGGCACAAAAUGAUUUAUCGAUUUCCGAAUUAAAGGCGGAGAUCGAGAGGCUAAGUCGAGAGCUGGACCAAGCCAGCAGCGAGAAAAUACAGUCGGCACAGCUUGGUCUGGUGCUGCUAGAAGAAAAGAGUUCCCUUCAACUACGAUGUGACGAACUGGAGAGUUUAUAUGAAAAUACAAAACAUGAACUGGACAUCACACAGGAGGCAUUAAUGAAACUUGACACAACUCAAAAAGUGACAACACAAAGUGGCAUAGAACAGGAAAAUGCCCUCCUCAAUGAGUCAGCGGCUAUGGAAAGUUCUCUUACAUUACAAAUUAUUGAACUUGAAGGGGAAACAAAACAGUUACGACACGAAUUAGAGCGUGUGGUGAGUGAGAGAGAUCGACUCCUGGCUGAAAGUUCAGAACUUGGCGCCGACAAAGCGACGCGGGAGUCGGAGCGUGCGGCGCUGAGGGCAGAGCUGAGGGAGGCGAGGCAAAGGGAGCAAAGACUUUUAUUGGACAUCGGUGAUUUAGAAGAUGAAAAUAUAUCGCUACAGAAACAAGUGUCUGCGCUAAGAUCGUCACAGGUUGAAUUCGAAGGUCUAAAACAUGAGGUUCGUCAAUUUCGCGAAGAGGCGGAGAUCGCCCGUGCCGCCGCGGACGAGACGGCAGUGCUACGUCGCAUCGCCGAAAGACAGUUGGCAGAGGCUUUGGAAGCUUUGCAGGCGGAGAGAGAAGCCAAGUUCGCUGCUAAGAAAGAACUCGAUGCCCAUCUCAGCAGAGAAGCGCAGUAUAACAUUAACAAUUUGGCAAAUAGUAUACGAGGUAUGCCAGAGGAGGCGGGGUCGGAGGAGGGCGAGGCGGGCGGCUCGGGGCUGGGUGAGCUGGGCGCGGCCGACCACCACGCCGACCUGUUCUCGGAGGUCCAUCUGCACGAGAUAUCGCGGCUCGAGAAACAGCUAGAGCAAGCGCAUAAUGAGAGCUCGCAGCUGUCGUCGUCGCUGCGCGCGGCGCAGGCCACGGCGGAGGGCGAGAGCGCGGCGGCGGGCGCGCUGCGCGCCGGCCUCACGCGCGUGGCCUCGCGCGUGUCCGCGCUGCACGCGCUGCACGGGGACUGCGCGCCUCUGGAGGACGAGUCGACGACGGCAGGCGGCAUCGCGUCCCGCGCGGCCAAGUGGCUGACGUGGUGGCGCGUGUCGGGCGGCGAGCUGAGCGGCGUGCUGGCGGCGCUGCGCGAGCUGGACGCGCCGCCCGACGCGUCGGCGGCGGCGCUGCAGCGCGCGCAGCUGGCGCAGCUCAGCGACCGCGUGGCCGACGCCGAGCUGCGCUGCGCGGCGCUGCAGGCGGACGCCGACCUGCUGCGCACACUCGCCGGCGGUGCGGGCCGCGCGCUGUCGUCGGCCGCGCCGGCGCUGGCGUCGGCGGCGGAGACGCUGGCGGCGCUGUACCACCACGUGUGCGCCGUCAACGGCACGCAGCCCGAGCGCGUGCUGCUCGAGCACGCCGGACAGACUGACGGUUCGGGCGGGUCCGGGCGCGGCGUGGAGGAGGAGGCGCUGGCGCUGGCGGCGGGCGAGCUGGAGGGGCUGCGCGCGGCGGGCCUGGUGGCGCGCUCCGCCGACACGCUGCUCGACCAGCUCACGCACCUGCGUGCCGCGCUCGACACCGCGCUCGACUCGCGACUGCGCCACCAGCCAGUAAUGGAGGCGGAGGAGCGCGGCGCGGAGCUGGCCGAGCUGCAGGAGCAAGUGAUCAAGCUGAAGUCGCUGCUGUCCACGAAGCGCGAGCAGAUCGCGACGCUGCGCACCGUGCUCAAGUCCAACAAGAACACGGCGGAGUCUGCGCUCGCCAACCUCAAGAGCAAGUACGAGACGGAGAAGACCAUCGUCACGGAGACCAUGCUCAAGCUGCGCAACGAGCUGCGUCUGCUCAAGGAGGACGCCGCCACUUUCUCCAGUUUGCGUGCUAUGUUCGCGGCGCGCUGCGAGGAGUACGUGACGCAGGUGGACGAGCUCACGCAGGCGCUUUCCAGCGCUGAGGAGGAGAAGAAGACGCUCAACCAGCUGCUGCGCCUCGCCGUGCAGCAGAAGCUGUCCCUCACGCAGCGCCUCGAGGAGCUCGAGGUGGACCGGGAGAUGCGCACGCGGCGGGUGCCCAAGCCGGGCGGCGGCGUGCGCGCGCGCGGCCGCGACUUC